AUGACAAUUGGGCCAAUAAUUUCAUUUUCCAUACAAUCCUUAUUUCUAUUUGCUAUCGGAGGAGCAAUUGUGUAUUAUAAUAGUAUUCUGAAAUUUUCGAAAAAUAAGAAAUUGGUUGAAUAUGUUAAGAAAAAAACAUCGAAAUACUAUGGAUUUGCAAUUUUAGUGUUGUUGAUAUUAGUAACUGUGUUGGGCAUUAUCACAAUUGGUAUUAUUUUGGCAAAAGAUGAGGCUGGUAUAGUGAAAGGCUGUGGAGAAAUCGAUGGGAUCUCGAUGAUGAAAAAGUCUCAAAAUCUAAUGAGUUCGGGUCUUUUUCCAAUAUCUUCGACUCGUGAUAAUAUACUGAAUUUCAAGAAUAAUCUGCUGACAAAAUCAAAAAGUGAAAAAAUGGAUAGUUUUAUAGCUGUAAGUAUUUUAUAAAUAUUAAAUAAUGUUCAAAAUCUAUUUUUUGCAGACUAUAAAAGACUUCAGUCACAAGGCAAAAGGUGCGUGGAAAAAAACGUAUGACGAAAAUUGGGGAAAGUUCGUAUCAAUGGGCAGUAAGACAUGUGGCACAACAAUUGCUGAUAGGUUUGCUGAUAUCAAAUCGUUUUUGGAUAAAUCGCCGGAUUUUGAUAAUUUUGUUGACAAAAUUCCACAAUUCGUUGACCAAACAACACAAGAAAUAUCGAAGAAAACUGAUGAUUUGUUGAGCAAAGUUAUGGAAGAAAGUAAAAGUGUCGCUUCACAUGCUGAACCAUUUAAUGUGAGUGUUUUAUCUUAACUAACAUAAGUUAGCUUUCAAGCUCUGUUGGGAAAAAAAGGGACUUAUUGAAACAUUUAGAACGUUCUCAAAACCUCCAAAUGUUUUCAGCUGGUUUUAUCGAUUACCCGAAAAAUAGUGAAUAAAUUCGAGAAUCAAGUGAAUAAUGGCAUUUCAUCUGAAUAUGUUCAAAGUACUAAUUCACAGAUUCAAAUGUUAUCCAUAGUCAGCGUAUUUGAUGCUUUGCUUCUCUUGAUAUUCGUCAUAAUCACAUUUAUAUUUCGAGAAAAAUGUCCGAAUGUUAUGAAAUGGUGUUUUCGUCUAGGAUAUUUCAUAUUUGUUCUAUUUAUUUUUCUGAACCUCGCAGAAUUGAUUUUUAUUCUGUUGUAUUCGUCAUCAGCCAGCUCAUGUUCUGUUGGGAAAUAUGGUUUGGCGGGUUUCUCUGAAAGGUAAUUUUAAACAACUAUUUCCAAAAAUUAAACCUGAAAAUUACAGUAAUACAACUUGCACGGGUAGUUCAAUAUUUGAAACAACAGCAACAACAACAAUGCAUAUAAAACCUGAUCAAAUCAUCAAAAAGCUGAAAGCUGAAGUUGAUAGUUAUAAGAAAGUUGUCACUGAUAAAGCUGAAAAUUUAAUAAAGACUAUCGAAUCGUCAAUGACGACAAUAAUAAUCAAAAAUAAUCGAUAUAAAAGACAAAACUCGAAUGAUUGCACAUCUGAAAUAGCGGAAGAAAUACAGAAAAUGGGUUGGAUGAUGGAUGGUAUUACAGGUGAAAUGAGCAAGAAGAACCAACAAUUAUUAGAUGACAAACCAAUCAUUUUGAAUGAUGUAACACAAUUUAAAACAACUGUCAAUACUUUUGUAUCGCAAUUUACGAGUUCCUUUAUGGUGGAUGUUGAGAAUAUUGUGAAGCAAGUUAAUGUAAGUCAACAAUAUCUUAUACGAUUUUUAGUAUUUUUGAAAGUUAGCGUAAAUUAUUUUUCAAUUUGCAGAAAAACAUUGACAAUUCAAAUUUUGCAUGCAAACCAUUUUUGGAAUCCUUCGAAAAUUGUCACUCAAAAAUCUGCGCUAAUUUAAUCGAUUCAAACGAGGAAUUUUCGAAUUAUUUGUAUCUUAUUCUUGUAAUCCUUGGUUUUCUGGCAAUUUGUGGAGCAAUGGCAGGAGUUUGGGGACAAGCGGAAUAUUUGAAAAGUAAAAAAGAUGCGACUAAAAUUGGACCUAAAAGUGAUGGAGAAGUAAGUGGAAAUUCGAAAUCCAAGUCGAAAACCAAUUCCAAAGGAGAUGUCAAAUCGAAAACGAAAUCUGUUUCGAAAAAUUGA